GCCAGGCCCCCCUUGGGCCCUCCCCCCUCCCCUCUUGGCCCAGGUAGAGCCCCCUCCCUCCCGCUGUCCCUGGUGCUGAAGCCCCUGGACCACCCUCAGCAUCCUCCGGGAGGGAGCCAAGGAGGCCAGGGGGGCCCCCCGGAGCCUGACUCUCAGCCGGGAUGAGCGGAGGGGUCUACGGAGGAGAUGAAGUCGGCGCCCUCGUUUUCGACAUCGGCUCCUUCUCCAUCCGGGCGGGCUAUGCGGGAGAAGACUGCCCCAAGGCGGACUUCCCCACCACCGUGGGCCUGCUUUCCCACGACGAGUCGGCCAUGGAGCUGGAAGGGGACAAGGAGAACAAGGCCGGGAAGGUCUACUACAUCGACACCAACUCUUUGCACGUCCCGCGGGAAAACACAGAGGUCAUCUCACCGCUCAAGAACGGGAUGAUUGAGGACUGGGGCUGCUUCCAGGCCAUCCUGGACCACACCUACAACAAGCACAUCAAGUCGGAGCCCAACUUGCACCCGGUGCUCAUGUCUGAAGCUCCGUGGAACACGAGGGCCAAGCGGGAGAAGCUGACGGAGCUGAUGUUUGAGCAUUACGGCAUCCCGGCCUUCUUCCUCUGCAAGACCGCGGUGCUGACGGCCUUUGCUAACGGGCGCAGCACCGGCCUGGUCUUGGACAGCGGGGCCACCCACACCACCGCCAUCCCCGUCCACGACGGCUACAUCCUCCAGCAAGGCAUCGUGAAAUCCCCUCUGGCCGGAGACUUCAUCUCCAUGCAAUGCCGCGAACUCUUCCAAGAGAUGAACAUCGAGAUCGUCCCGCCUUACAUGAUCGCUGCCAAGGAACCUGUCCGGGAAGGAGCCCCCCCAAACUGGAAGAAGAAGGAGAAGCUGCCCCCCGUCACCAAGUCCUGGCACAACUACACCUGCAACGAGGUCAUCCAGGACUUCCAAGCCUCAGUGUUGCAAGUGUCCGACUCUCCUUAUGAUGAACAGGUGGCCGCUCAGAUGCCCACCGUCCACUAUGAGAUGCCCAACGGCUACAACACGGACUAUGGGGCGGAGCGGCUCCGCAUCCCCGAAGGGCUGUUUGACCCUUCCAAUGUCAAGGGCCUGUCUGGGAACACCAUGCUGGGGGUCGGCCACGUGGUCACAACGAGCAUCGGGAUGUGCGACAUCGAUAUCCGCCCAGGUCUUUAUGGCAGCGUCAUCGUCACCGGAGGAAACACUCUCCUCCAAGGCUUCACAGACCGGCUGAACCGGGAGCUUUCCCAGAAGACCCCUCCGAGCAUGCGCCUGAAGCUCAUUGCCAGCAACAGCACCAUGGAGCGGAGGUUCAGCCCCUGGAUCGGGGGCUCCAUCUUGGCUUCGCUGGGCACCUUCCAGCAGAUGUGGAUUUCCAAGCAGGAGUAUGAAGAAGGGGGCAAACAGUGCGUGGAGCGGAAAUGCCCCUGAUGCGAAACACGGAGGAGACCCUUCCCCAAUUUCCCCCCAUCGUUCUGUGCUCCCCGUUUGUGUGAUUCUCCCACAAGGACCCCGAUAUCCAUGUCCAAAGACCCCCCUCCCGAGAAAGACCUGCUUGCCAAUGGCAGGAGGGAAGGAAGACUUGAACGCACAACACAACUCAACACAAAUAAGUGGCCAUUGAAAGAGAAGAGUCUGAGAAGGAAGGAAGGAAGGAAGGAAGGAAGGAAGGAAGGAAGGAAGGAAGGAAGGAAGGAAGG